CUGUUUUAGUUCAGUGUGAUGCUGCCACAUCGUAGAAAGGACACUUUUCAGAACAUCAUCGAGAUGUUAAGUGGCCGACAGGAUUGACCAGAAAGGGAACGAAGAUAGACAGUUGUAGGUAUAAGACGAUGUACCCAGCAUGGAAUCAGACUUAAUCAACAACCUUGAACCUCGACUUAUCAUCGACUUUCUGUAUGAAAAUGAAGUGAUUACACAAGAGGAACAUAAUGUGUUUAACGAUGUAGAGACACCAAGGAAAAACAGGAGCCGACAGUUACUUGAAUGUAUAGAGACUCGGGGAGACAGGGCGUUCGUUUUGUUUAAACAAGCUAUUGCAGAUAAACCAGAGCUAUGUGAAUACUACAAACAAAUAAAAGACGAGAGAUCAUUUAGAAUUCAAUCACCAAGGAAAAGGAAAAGGGCUGGUGAAACUGAGCAGAACAAACUAACAAAAAGGCCAUCUGUCAGCAAGCAGUAUAAACGGAUGAGAAAAGAAACUAAACAACUAAUCCUAGCACCACGUGUUACAAGGCCAGUGUCGUCAGAACGAAAACAUAUCAGAUAUGUGGAGAAAGCAUUCGAUAAACUUGCCGACAUGUACAACAAUGGACAGAGUAGUGAGUUUGCAGUGGAAUGCAUCAGGCUUAGAGAAUACAGACCUAAUUGCUAUGAUACAUGGUUUACUGUGGAAUAUAUGAAGGUCUUGUUUGCACAGCGUAAAUUAGAUAAUACUGCGGUAAAAGAGUCACUUUCUCUAGCAAAAAAACUGAUGCCUAAAACCACGGAUCCUAUGUAUUCCCAGCUGUUACUGCUAUCUCCACAAACACGGAAGUACCUUUUACAACGGAAGUAUGCCAAGCUACAACAGAUAACGGACGACAGGAAAAUGAUAGUUGAAUCAAACCCAGCGCAUUGCACCGGAAGAGGUGCCGCAUGGGUUUACUACAACGAGGGGAGAAGUAACGCGUUACAGCUCGAUAUGAUGACAGGUACCGUUCAUAACACAGGAAAAUCUGUCGAAAUAAUGCGAGAACGCACCAUCGAAAGCUACAAUCGAUCCCUUCAACAUUUCAAUGAGGAUAAAGGUCAGGAUCGAAUAUAUGGCGCAGCAUAUGUAAAGUUCCAGCUGGUGGUGCUGCUGUUGAGAUGUGGUUGUAAUGGACUAGGCAUGAGUAGCAAAACAAAUGUGCCAAAGAAAGACGCGAAAAUUGCUGACUACAUAAUGGAGCAGUUUGAAGGAUCGAAAUCUGAAUUAUGUCCAAUUCUGGAAAUGUAUUUUAGCAUUGCAAACUGCGAUCGCAUGUUCAGGAAGAAUCUUCUGAAUGAAGCUUUAAAAAACGCAGAACGUGCGUUGAGUCUGGCAACUGAAAACAUGACGGAGUAUGUGCAACCAAUACAAAACCGUGUGGACUAUCUCCGUCAUCAUACCAGCCAGGUCACAAAACCCCUCCUGAGUGAGUCUGCUACUUCAACCGAGGUAUCCUACUACACUACUAGUGACAACCCUGCUAGUUCACUUUCCCUUCCGUCCGUUCGGCGUCAACUUUUUUCUUCAUCUUCAAGUGAGAUUUGAAUAACCAAAAAUUCCUAAAUAAUUCCGGAAGAGUAAAUACAAGAAAUCAGCUCGAUAUCAGUUUUCGAAGGGAGCAUGGGAUGACUUUUACUCUGUUUGAUAGGAGAGUCCAUAGCUUUAGCAUGUACCGCGAAACUAGCAAUAAUACCCUCCCUUAAGCUUACAGAUGGUUGUAUAAAAAUGGGUGCACCACAAAUCAUUAUUUUAUUUUAAGACUUUCAAGUUGACAUCUUUAUGCUUAAAUUCAAAAGUUUCAUAAGAUAGAAGGGAAAUAAGCUACCGUUGUUCUGCAUUGAAUGUCCAGAGCGAAGUUUUUAGAGAUAAUUUGGGCUACCUUAUCAGCGAAUUAUGAAAACAAAACAAAAUCGACUCGAAACUAGCUAGCCGAGAUGUUAGGAAGUAUUGAUAUAACAUUUAAAUAAUUGGUUUCUGAAACUGAAGCGCGAAGUGACGUAUGGUCGUGAAAGGACAACGUCUGUAGUUUGUUUAUAACAUAUCAUGAAAGAAGACUACAUAUUUGUGUGUACGGUUAAUUUACCUUGAUCCACGUCCAAUGAGCAGACAAUAUUUUGAACAUUGGGACAAAAGUAUCUCAUUAUCAAAUGAAAAACUUGACACAUUGAUUAUGUUCCAAAUACCAAUAUUUAGUCUUGAAAACUGUUGACACCUCUUUCAAGGUCGCCGUGUUCGUACAUGUAAGAUUAUAACAUUCGAAGACGUAUGUUUAAACGUGUUGUAGCUGAUGUAUUAUUCAAAUUAGUAAAAAAAUAAAUGCAUAUUUUACAUUAUUAGACUAGUCUUAUAAUGUAAAAUCCAAAUCAAAACUCCAAACGGAAUGGAACAAUGUUCUAUAAAGGCCUCAUACUUUGUAAUAUCUUACUAUAUAUGUAUUACCAGAUGAUGUAAAUUGUAAACACGUACAUAUUGCCUUAUUUUGUGCACUCUGGAAAUGGACAAAGUGUAAAUAAUCAACAUCGGGCCACAUACAGGCCAUAUACAAACACACAUUUUCCUCAGUUAUGCGUACUUAUUCUGUGCUUAUCUCUAGUUGGUACGUCGCGAGUGUCAUGAGGUCAAGGGUUUUGUAUUUGCUGGAGGAAGUUUAUAUCAAAGUAAUGAUGAUAUAAUCUGCAUGUGAAACUUAAACAAAUGCAAGUUGGGCGUGUGUUACAUCAAAAAUAGCAAUACUGUGAAUGCGGUAAUUAUAUCAAGUGUAUUACUUCUCGUGGUAGUCUGUCUCAUUGUCAAAGUAAAUAUGUAAAGGAGAACAUUAGAUUCACCGACUCAUCUUCCAGCAUAGGAACAUGUAAUUAUUUAUUAAAUCAUCUUCAUAUCUGUCAUUUGUGAAAGAAUUCGUUACUUAACCGCUUUCCUUCGUUAUCAUAGCCCGAAUUGUGAUUGAAAUUAAUAUGUAUAUCUUUGCUUGAUUCGCUAACAUAUAUAUAUCUUUUCUCGUUGUAAUAUAUCUAAAAUUGUCAGUAAGUCUCAAAGAAAUUUGAAUUAAUUUAAGAUAAAGAACGCUUGUUCUCACGUUAAAUUAAAUGGCAAAUGAGAUAAAUCGAUACGUUCGCUGUGAUAAUCAUAAUCUAUAGUAAACACCGCUGACAGAUUAGCAGAUAACGUCAGUUCUUACCAUGAUCCGGUAGUCCUUUUACGUCGUAGAUAACAUAUAAAGUGUGACGAAUGUUCUUGGACUGGUAUACAACAGAACGGUAUGAGGAAUAUGCUAUUGAAAUAUUUAUUGUAAGUAGUUACGAUACAGGCGCAACCAAACUACAUAUUGUAUGUCAAAAUACAAAGUAAUUUCACAAAAAAAAGAAAAGACUUAGUGAUUUCACUUGGAACAGGUUACCUUUGUGGGUCAGAUAACGACGGUAAAUAACCACACGAUUGAUGUAAACGAUAUUAUAAUAAAAGGUUUAUAAAAUUACCAGCGAUAGGUUAUGUUAAAAAAUAACGUGUAUCAUGAAAAGUAAGUUUAGAAUAGUAUCUAUCACUCAUACAGGAAGACACUGUUAUAUCUAAUGUUUCAAACGGUAGAGGUGAAAUUACUAUGGGGCGAUACUGUACAUGAACAAUAAAACAGAUAUUUUCACCAGGGAAAUCUUGAAUAUCAUCAUAUAUUCCAACAAACCAGGGUUGAUCUGGUACUUAAAUGAAAGUUCCUGACCUUGUAAAGUUCACGUAGGCUGUCAGUAUGAAUUCCAGUUAUAAAGAGAGUUUUGAAUUGAGAGUAUUCGGAGCAAAAUAAGGGAAUCAAACGAUGGAAAAUAUUAUAAUUCUCAAGGAUAUCUUUUCAUUGAAAUAUAUAUAUAUAUUUGUUAAUGUUGUACGGGGUUAUAACUAGUUAAACUACCCUUAUGAACAUCAAUUCAUUUGUAGACAAAUGUUUUGAUACGCACGUUAUGAAAACUUGCAUAUGGUUUUCUUUAUACAGGAUACAUAUUCUCUGUGUAAUGUACCCUUUGUGUAAUGUAACUGGUGUGAAUGACGUGUAUACAAAACUCUGAUGUAAAUAGCUUUGUUAUUUAAUAAAUAUUCAGAGAAG